AAAAAGACUUAUGACUGAUUCAACCAACGAUGGUAAUGAUAGACCUCUUCUUCUCCCUUCUCUUAGUUUUAUCUUUGUCUCUCUGGCUCCUGAGAUCUAGUUGAGAUUAUUGCCUGCAUGUUAACAAUCUGCUUCUCAGCCUUGUGAAUCCUCCAUCGCCUUGUAAAGCCUCGAUCGGCCUGCUGCUAGCUAGCUAGCUAGCCAUGUUUUGCACCAACUUAAAUUUCAACGUAGACGUCAACAAGUGCUGGAAAGGCUUAUUGAAAUCCGGCGGGCAGCCCAAAACUGAAAUCAAGAAGUUGAAGAAAGAAAUGGAAAAGCUGAAAGCUAAACGAAAUGAUAUCAAAAGUAAGAUCGAAGAAGCCAAGAUCAGCGAGGGAAGACUUGCAAGUGAGGAAGCCAAGCAGUGGCAGCGCGACCUGGAUUCAUUGGAAGGCCAAGUGGCUGCUAUCUUUGAGGAUUUCACACGCAUCCGUUUUCAAAAUAACAUCAAGAUUGGGCCAUGGGGAAUCGCCGGAGACUGCAACUUUGACAUUGGUCGAUCUGCGUCCCAAAUCACAAAGGUCAGACUCCACACAGGAAACGUCAUCGAUAAUUUGGAGAUCUCCUACAUUCUCGAUGGGAAAAACGUUGAAACACGUCGACUAGGCGGCAGCGGUGGUGGCAGCUAUCACACGUUCGAACUACUUCCUGGCGAAUAUAUCAACUCGAUGGUUGGGUCCGUCGGCGAUAAUGACGGUGAAAGCUGUAUCUCUCAGCUCAAAUUUAAGACCAACUUCGGAAAUACGCAUGGGCCUUUUGGGAAAGGAGGCGGCAAGGAGUUCACUGUUCCAGUCACCGACGGCCGAAUUGUUGGAUUCUUUGGCCAGUACGACAAGUAUCUAAAGGAGAUCGGAGUCUAUGUGGCUCUUAAUUGAUUAAUGGGCCAUCAAUAUAUUACAUCAGUAUUUCAGAAUCUGAUCAUCUGUUGUCUCUUCUUGAUCACUUUGUUGCAGCGUGGGAUUGAAUAUUUAAAUAAAUUUGAUAGUUUUCAGUAAAUGGAUAAUCAGCCAACUUUGGUGCA